AUGUCUUAUAACAACAACAACAACAACAACAACAACGCCGCCAAUGGCAACAGCAACAACACCAACGGUGGGAUGCAGCCGCUUACACCUCCGGAAACCCUUCAAUCUUUCCCCUACUAUGAGCCCAAACAUGCUCACAGCAACUACCCACCCUACCAAGUUAGACCGCAGCAGAACUUGAAGCCUGCCAAUCUGUAUACGGGAUACGUAUCCACGAAUCAACCUUCUGGUCCUUCGAAAGGGUCUGCUACUUCACACUUCGGACAGGGAGGUACCGCACCUAUUGCGCCCAUGGGUCCAGGUUUAUCAGCUUAUGUGAACCCGAACUAUUCCUCUCAGAUGCCUUAUGGCGCCAGUAUUUCCCCUUCUCACCACCCUGAGACGAUGCCAAACGGUACCACAAGCCCUGAAACCCCUCGGGUUGUCCUUCCGCCUUCGCAAGGGCACCAGCACCACCCUAGCUCUCAGACACCUACUCGUCCCCGAACUAGAGGCCAUGGUAUUGGUACUACCUCCCCUCCCGGCAUCGUCCCCAGCAGUCGCCAGGUAAUCACUGAUCCGCGCCAGACUGUAGUCAGCAGCCCGACUUUCAAUAACUACUAUCUUCCUAUGCAGGCUCGAUACUUCCAGAACCCAUAUCAGGGACAGCAAUCGCAAAUGGCGCAGCCUCACAUGGGUAAUUCUGCUCAUGCCAUGACUCCCCAGGGACCGAUGCCACCAGUUGACAGGCAUGCCCGCCAGAGAAUCCUUGAUGAGCAAGCAAAAAGCUUUUCUGAGGAAGAUGACGACGCCUUUUACCCACACAAGGACUAA